AUGGGAUAUAAUGUUUGGCCCGUGCAACUAUAUAGUUUUCUAACUUUUUUGGGAGGACUGAUUUGGACUCUAAUCUUUGUACAAAUUAUUCUGACAUCCAGACAUAACGCCGAGCUCCACUUAGUUCACUUCACAGAAGAUAACAAUAACAUAGCAGUUGUGGCACAGCUCUAUAGAUUGGGUGUUCCUGAUCCUCUAAUCUCCAAGAUUGAAGACAAGUUCUAUAAGCUAGUCAAUGAGAACCAUGCAGGCAAUAAAAAUGCUAACAUUGCUCUUGGCACCUUUGAUGUAAAUGAAUUAAAUAAAAAGAUCUAUAGAUAUUAUAGAUAUGUUGGCUCUCUCACUACUCCUCCAUGCAAAGAAGGUGUCAUUUGGAAUGUCAUUGGCAAGGUUCGGACACUCUCCAAGAAACAACUUGAGCUUCUAAAGGUACCACUAGGUGUAGAGUUUCAGCACAAUGCAAGGCCUCUUCAGCCAUUGAAUGGUUGCAAAAUUGAGAUGUACAACUACCACACAUAGAGGCAAGGGGUUCAAAUACCAUGAACUAAAAUAUCGUUGAUAAACUUUAGGAAAGCAAAAUAUUCUCGUUUUGCCCUAGAUGUAGUAGUAUAUUAUUCUCUAGACUAUGAAAGUAUUGAAGCACCAGAAAUUUGAGAGUUCUCUAUUGUAAUAAUGUUCUACGCGGACAGUUUUCUAUGAUUAAGGUCAAAGCACUCAGUAAUUAGUCUUUAUCAAAA